AUGCCGUCAGAACCAAAGAAAAGCGACGUGGACUCGAAGGACAUGUACAAAGAAGCCUCCCAUCAAGUUAAUCCCAGCGACCAUGAUACACAAGAACGACAAUAUCUCACAGGCCUCAGGCUAGCUAUCGUCCUCGGCAGCUUGACCCUCGUGAGCUCCUCGGGACCGCAAGUCAACAGCACUCUAGAAGUCUUUGUCAGCCGCCAACCCUACCAGGCGAUCCUGCAAAUCACGACCGAGUUCAACGCGCUGGCAGACGUAGGCUGGUACAUUAGCGCGUACAACCUAGCAGCGUGCGCUUCUCAGCGUCAACCCACCCAAGUCGAAGGAAGAGGACUGACAAGACACCACUAG